AUGGCUUCCAUUCUCUCCCUCUGCAUUUUAUUCAUAAUGUGUAUUUACCAAAGCCUUUCUUUCGCGGCUGUUGCGCCAUUUCUUGAUGGUCUACUAGAAAAUGGUAACUGUGAGGAAGGGCCAAAGGUAUCAAACCUUAAGAAAAGACAGAUCAUAGGAAAAUACUCCUUGCCCAAAUGGGAAAUUCAUGGCAUAGUUGAAUAUGUUUCAAGUGGACGGCAACCUGGUGGUUUUUACGUCGCAAUCCCUCGUGGGGCUCAGGCAGCGAGGCUUGGAAAUGAGGCUUCCAUAUCUCAAUAUGUUAAGGUGAAACCUGGAGCAAUAUACUCAUUGACCUUUGCAGUCACCAGGACUUGUGCCCAAGAUGAGAAGCUAAGGGUUUCUGUCCCUUGUUUUUCGACUGAACUCCCAAUUCAAACACUGUUUAGCAGCGAUGGUGGUGAUACUUAUGCAUGGGCUGUUAAGGCAACUUCUGAUGUUGUCAAGGAUACAUUUCAUAAUCCUGGAAUUCAAGAGGAUCCUACCUGUGGACCUCUUCUGGAUGCAAUUGCAAUCAAGGAGAUACUUCCUCUCAGAUACUCUAAGGGUAACUUGGUCAAAAAUGGUGAUUUUGAAACCGGCCCUCAUGUGUUCAAGAAUUUCUCAACUGGGGUGCUGCUCCUCCCUAAGAGGACGGACAUCUACUCAUCGCUCCCUGGAUGGAUUGUUGAAUCCCUCAAACCAGUUAAGUAUGUUGACUCGAAGCAUUUCUCUGUUCCCCAGGGACUUGCAGCUAUUGAAUUGGUUGGAGGGAGAGAAACAGCUAUUGCACAAAUCAUAAGAACAGUACCUAACAAGUUCUACCUUCUUUCCUUCGCUUUGGGGGAUGCUAGGAAUGGUUGUCAUGGAUCAAUGACGAUUGAAGCUUUUGCAGCUAGGAAAACCAUAAAAGUUUCAUUUACAUCAACUGGAAUUGGUGGAUCCAAGACUGCCAUCCUCAAGUUCCAAGCACUUUCAAACAGAACAAGAAUAAUCUUUUAUAGCCCAAAUUAUCACACAAAGCUUCAUGACUAUGGUCACAUAUGUGGUCCUGUUUUGGAUGAUGUUAAAGUGUUUCCUCUCAAAUAG